AUGUCUAAACAAGACGAUAGUCAAAGCAAUACCGAUGUUACUGACGAACCGAUUAGCAAUGAUAAAGAUAAAAAAAAUUUGCGAAAACGGAAUACGGCUUCACGUAGAAAACAUAAUUCAGAACCGAGGCGUAAAUACAGCAAUACACCGGAUGCUGUAGAAGAAUUAGUGAAUGAAACAUUUUUUUUGAAACAUGAAGACGAAAGACCCUUCCUUACUAAAAAACGCGUGGUCUUCACUGCUGGACUCGUUUUCGGUCUCAUAAUUGCUUGGGCGAUGGCACCACAGUCGUCGGAUUUGAAAAUUUUUUCCAAUUUCCUCGCAGAAUCUUUUUCAGAUUUAGAUUUUAGUAGCAUGUUACCGGCUAAUGUCCUGUUGGAAGAAUUGUUUGGGAAUAUUACAUUAUUACUAAAGCCAAACAUUUCGAUUUUGGAGGAUACCGAGUUCUUACCUGCAUUAUCUUUAGCCAAAGAAGGAAUUAAAGCGAACUUCCCAGUUGUCUUGAUUCCCGGGAUUGUCUCAACUGGCUUGGAAAGUUGGAGUACGUCUAAUUGCUCACGACCUUAUUUUAGAAGGCGGAUGUGGGGAACCACCACCAUGUUCCGUGCGGUAAUAUUGGACAAGGAAUGCUGGAGUAAUCAUAUGCGACUCGAUCCUGAAACCGGAUUAGACCCACCGGACUUUAAAUUACGGGCUGCUCAAGGGUUGGACGCGGCGGAUUACUUGUUUCCCGGAUACUGGGUGUGGGGUAAGAUGAUACAGAACUUUGCGGCGAUUGGAUAUGAUUGCAACAAUAUGCAUCUUGCCGCCUAUGAUUGGAGACUUUCAUUUUUCAACCUUGAAGUCAGAGAUAAUUAUUUCUCGAAGCUUAAAUCUAACAUAGAAUUGUCGAAGAGAACUGUAGGGAAAAAGAGCAUUCUAGUUGGCCAUUCGAUGGGUUCCUUGGUGACUCUUUAUUUUUUCAAAUGGGUGGAGUCACCAAAUGGAGGUAACGGGGGCGAAAAUUGGGUGAAUGAUCACAUCGAAUCAUUUAUAAAUAUUGGUGGUCCUUUAUUGGGGGUGCCCAAAGCUUUGUCAGCACUGCUUUCGGGUGAAAUGCGUGAUACUGUAGAAUUGGGUGCUUUUGGAGUAUACGUUCUUGAAAAAUUUUUCUCAAAACAUGAAAGAGCCAAUCUAUUUCGUACAUGGGGUGGUCUUUCAUCGAUGUUGCCUAAAGGUGGUGAAUCCUUGUGGGGAAACGAGACUCAUGCUCCCGAUGAUCACGAAGGAUUGUUAGAAUCAUACGGUUCUAUGAUAAAUUUACGUUCACAUAUUGGUAUGGAAAAUAAUAGCGAUAAUGAAAACUCCACAUUACCUAUGGUGCUAAAACACACGAGUAGUUCCGGAGUAGAAUUUUUGAAGAAACACGCAGAUACACUGUUCACUGAGAUGUUGACAAGGAAUUACAGCUUUGGAAUUUACAAAUCGAAAGAAGAAUUCAAUGACCAAUUGGAUCACACAAAAUGGACCAACCCGCUCGAAUCGCAGUUGCCUAAUGCGCCAAACAUGAAGAUAUAUUGUUUGUAUGGAUAUGGCAAAGAAACCGAAAGAAAAUAUUUCUACAAUACCGAAUCAUCAGUCGAACGACCGGAGGGUAGAAAAAGAGAUGAACUAAAAAAUUUCCUAAAACACAUAUUUAUCGAUAGUUCCAUGAACUCAGACAAGGAUCCAUACUUAAAGAGUGGUGUACAUAAUGGAGAAGGAGAUGGUACGGUGCCUUUGUUAUCUUUGGGCUACAUGUGUACGAAAGGAUGGAAAAAUCCACUAUACAAUCCAGCUGGAAUAAAAGUCAUCACUCGAGAAUUUGUGCAUGAAACAGGACCAUCUCUCGAUCUUCGUGGAGGUGGUAAAACAGCGGAUCACGUUGAUAUUCUGGGAAAUUAUGCUCUCACCGGUGACGUUCUAAAAAUCGCUGCAGGAAAUGGUGAUGAACUUGAGGAUAAUAUUUCUUCCAAUAUUUUGGAAUACGUUUCUAAGGUUAAUGUCUAA